UCCGCCGCACGGGCAGAUUCGGCCAGUUCGUCGUGGCGAUAGGUGCUUGUACGCAAUCGUCUUCUUGGACGCACGUCCUCUCGGCGGUUCUUCGAGAAAAUGCGACGGUUUGAGUGUGUCGUGUUCGUUGUCCUCCUAGCUUUGGCUACGGCGGAGAUCUACUUGGACGAGAAGUUCAGCGAUGAUUCGUGGGAGAAAAAUUGGGUAUAUUCUGAACACAGUGGCAAGGAGUUCGGAAAAUUUGUUUUAAGUCACGGAAAGUUCUGGAACGAUCCAGAAAACGAUAAAGGAAUCCAAACAUCACAAGAUGCAAGGUUUUAUGCCAUUAGUAAAAAAUUCACACCAUUCAGUAACAAGGAUAAAACUCUUGUUGUUCAAUUCACCGUCAAGCACGAACAGAACAUCGACUGCGGCGGCGGGUACCUGAAAGUGUUUGACUGCUCGCUUGACCAGAAAGAUAUGCAUGGCGAAAGCCCGUAUCAAAUUAUGUUCGGACCCGAUAUCUGUGGUCCAGGUACCAAAAAGGUUCACGUUAUCUUCAGCUACAAAGGCAAGAACCUUUUGAUCAACAAGGAUAUUCGUUGCAAGGACGAUAUCUACACACACUUGUACACUCUGAUUGUCAAGCCCGAUAACACAUACAAGGUCCUUAUUGACAACGAGGAGGUAGAGUCUGGCGAAUUGGAAGCGGAUUGGAACUUCUUGCCCCCGAAGAAGAUCAAGGAUCCGUCUCAGAGCAAGCCUGCCGACUGGGAUGACAAGCCUACCAUCGACGAUCCUGAAGAUAAAAAGCCCGACGAUUGGGACAAGCCCGAGCACAUUCCUGAUCCCGAAGCCACCAAGCCUGAAGACUGGGACGAUGAGAUGGACGGCGAGUGGGAAGCUCCCUUAAUUGAUAAUCCUGACUACAAGGGUGAAUGGAAACCAAAACAAAUUGACAAUCCCAACUACAAGGGACCGUGGAUUCAUCCUGAAAUUGAUAAUCCGGAAUACACUCCCGAUCCCGAAUUGUACAAGCGUGACGAGAUCUGCGCCGUUGGCUUCGACUUGUGGCAAGUUAAAUCCGGCACUAUUUUCGACAACGUUCUAAUUACUGACGAUCCGGAGAUCGCACGUAAAUUCGGAGAAGAAAUUUGGAAACCUACUUUGGAAGGUGAGAAGAAGAUGAAGGAAGCGCAGGACGAAGAGGAGAGAAUACAGAGAGACAAAGAGAUUAAGGAAAACUCCGACAGUAAGGACGAUGAAGAUGAUGAGGAAUUAGAUGAUGAAGACAACAGUGUUACAGACAACGAUGCCAACGAAGUCAACGAAGAACACGAUGAAUUAUAAAGAAGAGCGUUGUGUGUAGACA